GUGACGUUCAUCUUGCGGUGAUGCAGGAGUGCUCACGUGUGUCCAGCUUCCCAUCGGAUCUCUGCUUCUCCGUCUUCUUCGUCAGGCUUCGCACCACCUUCAUCUCACACGUGGUCGUCUACAUCAUGCUCGAGCAUGUUCUUUUUGACGUCUUUUCUCGCUGGUGCGGGGCUCCGGUCCGGGGGACUAGCAAGCUCUCUUGAGGACUUCGUCGAAUGAAGCGACAACAGACAACGAGGGAGGGGCCAGAGAGGAUGGAGAAUGUCGUUGAAGAGACUACUGUACUCCUGCUCCAUCGUGACCCAGUAACGAACAACCUAUCCCUCAACUGAGCCACCGCCGGCCCGUCGACAUUCCCGAGAGCAAACGGCCGAGUCGUCGCGGCGUCGGCUACGGUCCCUAUUAACAGCUGAAUCCUUCUGUUUCGAAACCCUCAGCACGCAUGAAUCAAUCAGGUGGAAGAAGGACCGGUCAGGAGCGGAUGGCGUCGUCGGGGGCUAACGUGGGUAUCGGCGCAGCUGCACUUACUUAAAAGCCCCGCACGACCCCACUCCUUCCCCGCAUCAGCGUGCAUUACCCCACGCACACGAUGAAACUCAGAGCCGGUCUAGUCGCUGCCGCCGUGUCCCUCUCCCUGGGUCUCGGUGCGCAAAGCCGGCGUCCCAGCCCGGUGGACUCGUUCCCCGACCUGACCGCGCGCUCCCGCACACCACUCGUCUCGUUCGACAACUACAGUCUUUCGCUCGCAGGGCAGCGCGUGUUCCUGCACUCGGGCGAGUUCCACACCUUCCGCCUUCCAGUACCCUCCUUGUGGCUCGACAUCCUCCAGAAAGCCAAGGCAGCGGGCCUGAACUCCCUCAGCGUGUACACGCACAUGGCUGCGAUCAACCCCGCGCCGGGUGUGGUGGAUUUCGAGGACUGGCGAUCGUUGAAGGGACUCUGGGAUGCAGCGAUGGAGACGGGGAUAUGGAUUGUCCUUCGCCCGGGUCCGUACAUCAACGCGGAGACGACGGCCGGUGGCAUCGCUCACUGGAUCACAUCGCAAGUCGCAGGCCAGCUGCGAAGCGAUGCGUCCGAUUGGGAAGCGUCGUGGCAAGAUUACAUCGCAGGGAUCAUCAAAGAGACUGCGCCGUUUCAGAUCAGCCGCGGAGGACCAGUUAUUGCGGUGCAAGUUGACAACGAGUACUUCCAAGACGGUACUACCGGGCGGUACUUCGAGAUGCUCGAAGCGACGUACCGCAAUGCCUCCAUCGACGUACCCCUCACCUACAACGACCCAGGAGAGGGAUCCAACUUCAUUAACGGAACUGGCGCGGUGGAUCUCUAUGGUUUGGACUCGUAUCCUCAGCUAUUUGACUGCGCCAACCCGACCAAAUGGAAUAGUGCCCCAACCAACUACCACUCCUACCACGAACAAGCCGAUCCCGCGCAACCGUUCUACUUCCCCGAGUUCCAGGGCGGCUCGUUCGACGCGUGGGGCCCAACUGCUCCGGGAUACGCAGCCUGCGCACAGCUCACUGGCCCUGCGUUCCAGUCUGUGUUCAACAAGAAUCUCUGGGCCGCAAACGCUAAGUUGAUCAGUUAUUACAUGUUGUACGGAGGCACAAGUUGGGGAGCGUUCCCCUUCAGGGGAGUCUACUCGUCUUACGACUACGGCUCUUCGAUUUCUGAGAACCGUGCACUGACGCCCAAAUUCGACGAACUGAAGCUGCAAGGUAUCUUCCUGCGUAGUUCGCCCGCGUUUUACAAGACGGACUGGAUCGGGGAUACCAGCGCAACUGGCGGGCUGCCCAAUACCACGGAUGUGGCCGCAUUCUACACUCUGCUGAAGAACCCUGACUCGAAAAGUGGAUUCUAUAUACUGAGACAAAGAGACUCGACCUCCACGGCGAUCACCAACUUCAAAAUGACGAUUUCGACGUCGCUUUCAUCGUCGUUGACCAUCCCACUCGUCGUGCCACAGAUCACGCUGUCUGGCCGAGAAUCCAAACUUGUUAUCACUGACUACGCAUUCGGAUCGUCGUUCGUGGAUUACACGACUGCGCAGAUCUUCUACGCCGGCAAAAUUGGCUCGCGUGACGUCCUGUUCCUAUACGGCCAGCCUUCGGAAUCGCACGAGAUCCGCCUCAAACUCUCAGGCACCUCAAGCUCGAGCAAGUCUUCCCUGGUCAGCCAAUCCGGAAGUGUCAACGGGACGACACUCAUCGCCUUACAUCCCGGUCUCACCGGCCUGACGACUCUGCACGAGUCUUCCUCGCAACUGGUUCUGUACGCCGACUAUGCAACUGCCGCGACGUUCUGGGCCCCAGCGCUCUCGACCAGCGGCGAGUUCGGCAAUUUCUGGGCGAUUGGGACGAACGACACUCUGCUCGUGGGCGGCCCGUACCUCUUGCGCACUGCCACCAUCUCCGGCUCUACCCUGGCCCUCGUCGGCGAUCUCAAUGCGACCGUCCCACUCACCGUCUUCGGCCCGCCGGGAGUAAAGCAUGUCACCUGGAACGGUGCUGCUGUGCACACUACAUCGGCGUCCGCUGGGUCAUUGGUCGGAAGCCUGGCUCCGCGAUCUGCGGCCACGAAGAUCAAGAUCCCCAAGCUGGCUGGGUGGAAGUACGCCGAUUCGCUGCCCGAGAUCCAGUCCGCGUUCGAUGAUGCGAGCUGGGUUGAGGCCAACCACACCACCUCGAACAUUCCGAACCCAAUGAACUAUGGAGAUGGACGAAUCUUGUACGGUUGCGACUAUGGAUUCUGCGAGAACAUCGUGCUUUGGCGAGGGCAUUUCAACUCAUCGGGUGGAUCGGCCGCGCCGACCAGCGCGAACCUUUCUAUCAACGGAGGGGAGGCGUUCGCUGCUAGUGUGUGGUUGAAUGAUGUAUUCUUAGGCACCGCGUUUGGAAAUUCCACAAACAACGCAAACAUCAUCGAGGAGACUGACGAGACGUUCAAGUUCCCCGCUGGGGCCGUCAAGACCGGUGACAACGUCAUCACGAUCGUGCAGGAUAACAUGGGAUUGGACGAGAGUGGUAACACCCCGGACACGAUCAAGUCACCUCGCGGUGUACGCGGCUUCUCGCUCUCGCCCAGCCCGAACGCCUUCGGCAGCUGGAAAGUCCAGGGCAAAGUUGGCGGCUAUCUCGGCUUCCCGGACAAAACGCGUGGAAUCAUGAACGAAGGCGGAUUGUUUGGCGAGCGCAAGGGGUGGCAUUUACCCGGCUUCGACACGAGCGCAUGGGUCAAGCGCGAUCUCAAGCGUGGGCUGCCGAGUGGCGGUGCUGGCGUCGGGUUCUUCGUCACCGAGCUCGAUCUGUCGUUCGCCAAAGGCACGGAAGUAUUCUUGAGCUUCAACUUCGGCGAGCCGCUUGGUCAGGCAUACCGCGUGUAUCUGUUCGUGAAUGGAUGGAUGAUGGGUAAACGGGUGGGCAAUCUCGGCCCGCAAGCGAAGUUCCCGGUACAUGAAGGCAUCCUUGACUUCUCCGGUAAAAACACAGUUGCGGUGGCGCUCUGGUCGAUGACAGACACCGCCGUCAACCCGGAGCUCGAGUUGGUGCUGGACGGUGUUCUGGAUGGUGGGGUGCCUGGCGGUGUCAUUGUGAACAAUCCCAGCUUUUCAGCUGUUGGUAGGGAGUAAGUGAAUUUGUUGUAUGUAUGUAAAAUGGCCGACAGUGCCGAUGUCAUUGUUUCAAAUGCACAAACAUGAAAGUUACUUCAAGCCUUCGUGGGUGGCCGUGAA